AUUCACUGAGAUGAUUCAAAAUCCCGAACUCCAAAAAGUCCGACAAACUCCUCCCACCGGAAUUACAUAACCAGAGGUCGUCGUACUAGAAAAUCCACAUGGAAAAGACAAUUUAGACAACAGCUGAAGUAAACAAGAAUAAAUGAUCACAAUCUAGACUGACUUUCCACAAUGUCUCGGGAGCAGCAGGCUGUCCAGCAUGCCAGGAAGGCUUUCUUAACUGGAAGAUCUAAACCCCUGGACUACAGAAUUAAACAACUUCAAAACUUCAAGCGAUUCAUUAAGGAAAAAACAACAGACAUUGCCAGUGCCAUGAGAAAAGACCUCCAUAAGACUGCUAAUGCGACACAGUUGUUUGAGAUCCUUGGCUUGGAGGGAGAAAUCAAUCUGGCUGUCAGCAAGCUGGCUGAGUGGGCAGCUCCUCGUCCUGUGAAUAAAAACCUUCUCACCAUUGCAGAUGAUGUGUACAUACAGCCAGAGCCUCUUGGUGUUGUGCUUAUCAUUGGGGCAUGGAACUAUCCAAUAACAGUUACCCUGCAGCCCCUUGUGGGUGCCAUUGCUGCAGGUAAUGCUGCAGUUGUGAAACCUUCAGAAGUGAGCUCCCACACAGCCAAAGUUAUGGAGCUCCUGUCUCUCUACCUGGACCCUGAGAUGUAUCAGGUGGUGACAGGAGGGGUUGCAGAGACCCAGGAGCUGCUGAAGCAGCGUUUCGACCACAUCUUCUACACCGGGAGCAGCACGGUGGGGAAACUGGUGAUGGAAGCUGCAGCUCAUCAUCUCACACCAGUGACUUUAGAACUGGGAGGAAAAAGCCCCUGUUAUAUUGACAAGAACUGUGACAUCAGAAUUGCCUGCCGCCGCAUCACUUGGGGGAAGUACAUGAACUGCGGCCAGACCUGCAUUGCACCUGAUUACAUCCUCUGUGAAUCCAGCAUUCAAGACAAAGUGAUUAAUGAGAUCCAGAAAUGUAUCCAGGAGUUUUAUACGAAUGACCCCAAGAGCUUUGAAGACUAUGGACGAAUUAUUAACCAGCGGCAUUUUAAGAGGAUAAUGGCACUUACAGAGGGUAGCACAGUGGCUAUUGGAGGAGACAGCGAUGAAUCAGAGUGUUAUAUUGCUCCUACUGUUUUGAGGGAUGUUACACCAGGAUCUAAAGUGAUGCAGGAAGAGAUCUUUGGGCCAAUUCUCCCCAUCGUUAUUGUUAACGGCUUAAAAGAAGCCAUUCAGUUCAUCAACGAACGAGAAAAGCCUUUGGCACUCUACAUUUUCUCUUCCAGUAAAAAGGUCAUUAAACAGAUGAUAUCAGAGACAUCUAGUGGAGCUCUGGUAGCCAAUGACUGUCUGGUGCAUUUCACCAUAAGUGAUUUGCCUUUUGGUGGGGUUGGGAAUAGUGGAACUGGUUGCUACCAUGGCAAAUACAGUUUCGAUCAGCUGAGUCACCUUCGCAGCUGUCUUAUUAAGAAGCUGAACAUGGAGGGAGUGAAUCAGAUGCGCUACCCACCCCAUACAACGGAGAAGUUACGCUGGGCCCGUGUUUUACUCUUGAAGCAAGUUAAUCUGGCUCGCUGGCGUCGGGUGGCUCAGGUUGCUAUGUUCGCUGCACUGGCAGCCUUUGUGGUGCAGAGGUUUUUGCGGCGAUGAGGACAACCUGAAGAAUGUUAAUAUGUCCAGCACUCAUCGUUUAAACAGAAGAGCCUCUUAUGAUCUUGUGCACUCUUUUGAAUCAGAUCAUAUAGAUUCAUGUCUUCAUGUCAUGUUCAUAUCAGAUUCAUGUCAUAGAACUCUUGGUAAUGUUUUAUAAUAGCUUUAAUUCAUUAGUCACUAGAAAGCAUUAUAAAAUGAAGUAAAAAGUUUUAUCACCUGAAUUAUAUAAAAUGUAUAAAAGCUACAAUAAAUGAACCCAUGUUUUACUAU